CCACGCUUGAAUGUGUUCAUUCAUUUAUAGCUGCAUAGUGUUUACAACGAUGAGUAGAACUAAUUUACGAAAAGACAUAUCGUAAAGAACGUGUGAACCUGCUUAAAUUAAAAAUAUAUAUAUAUCUAUAUACAAAUCUCUAAUAAUGAAUGGACAUGACUCGGGAGAAGAUAUGUCUCCAAUAAUUAGUCAACAUUAUUUAGGUGAAGUCGGAUCGUCAUGUGUUCACGGACAAGAGCUGCAAACAGAAAAGGAUGGAAGUAGUGUUUUUAAAAUAAAGAACAAAAGAAGUGGAUUCAAACUUAAGGACUUACCAAGAUGGAAGAUCAUAAUGUUGGCGAUUCUCUGUUUUGCCAGUACACUUCUAGAAAUGUGGUUCUCCUUAUUGGGACCAUUUUUCCCUCGAGUGGCCUACAGUAAGGGUGUGUCUUACACAGUUAUUGGAAUAAUAUUUGCCAGUUUUGAGAUCCCAAUGUUUAUCUCAUCUCCCGUGUUUGGAUCACUGAUCUCCACAAUAGGUCCGAAGUUCAUGCUAGUUUCUGGUUUGUUUAUAUGUGCAGCCUGUUCUGUCCUGUUCGGUUUUUUGGAUGGGAGUCCCCCUGGAAAUACAUUCAUCGCACUGUCUAUUGCCACGAGGUGUGUAGAGGCACUGGGAUAUUCUGCAUUUUAUGUCUCAAGUCGUGCCAUUGUUGGAUAUGUUUUCCGAGACAACGUCGCUAUGAUAUAUGGUAUUUUGAACAUAUUCACUGGACUCGGUGAUAUGCUGGGCUACCCGUUGGGAGGUGUGCUAUUCGAGCUUGGCGGGUUCGGAAUGCCGUUUUGGAGCGUUGGUAUUGCUAUGUUGGUUUGCACUGGAGUAGCCUUUAUGUUUACGCCAUCACAGUAUGGAUCUUUAGUCACACAAUCGAGAUCUUUCAUUGGUCUGUUUAAAAGUCCAAUCGUCUGCAUCGCUUGUUGGUGUCAGCUUUGUUUUGCUAUGAGGUUAUCUGUCGUCGAAACCACAUACGCCGUUUAUAUUGAAAAGGCAUUUGGGUUUUCACCUUUGUGGAUUGGACUUUUGUACCUCGCUCCUGUUUCGUCGUUUGCCAUCAUAGCACCCGUAUGUGCCUGGAUAGUGGAUAAAAAGGGCUAUUGCACAUUGUUCCUGGCCGUUGUCCCAUUUGUAGCUGCCAUUACUUUGAUGUUAUGGGGGCCAAGCCCACUACUAAAACCAUUAAAACCUUCCAUAGUGAUGAACUGUGUGUUUGGCGUGGUCAGUGGGGCUACACUGGGAAGUAUGUACAUAUCGACAAUCGGCUGUAUCCUCAUUGGUGUCAAAGAACUGGGUUACGACGACAGUCUCGACACUCAUGGGUUGGUAUCAUCCUGCUACAUCACGUUUACAACUGCUGGUUUUUUCUCGGGUGCAGUAUUUGGAGGAGUGAUGACACAGCAUGCUGGGUUUGAGUGGUCUCUCACCGUCAUUGCAGGAUUAUACGUUACCUGUGGAACGUUAGCACUCGGCCUGCUGCUAUACAGAUACAUGAAGGAUGUGACAUCUAAGAAAAACGAAGACUCGCCUGACAUCCUAUUAUUGACAAAAUAAACUGCCCUGGUUUCCGUCCAAUCUUUAACACGCCGGCGACCGACGCAGAACAAAACCGAACAAAGAAAAUGUUACGGCUAGGGUCACACUAUGAACGAGCUAAUCUCGUAUCUGUAGGCUAACGUUGCUAAAUGUCAUAUCCACGCCCUUUAUGUGACCACACUAUGGAUGCGACAAAAAUGUAAAUACAAUCCAUACCUGACAACAUGAAACCCGAUAGCUAAGUUUGACCGAUAAUUGACGUAUACUGGUUAUUUCAUUUCGUUGAAAUAACUAAUGGUGAACUUUCACCAGUUCAGUAUACGCAUGGUAUCUCAUUCAUUUCAAAUUUAUAUCCAACGAAGGUUUACGCACCCUAUCAUGGGCACACUCCUCAGCUAUAGGAGAUGUAAGAUGGUGGAUUUUUUCUAUACAUGGCUUAGAAAUUGAUAUAAUUUUUACAUCACAUUUCUGCAGUGUUGACUACUUUUUCUUUGCUUUACUGUGUCUUGUUCACUUUUUCAAACUCUUUCCACUUCUUGUCCCAGGAAAAUAAUCCCUAACUACAUACUUUAUUAAUAUAUUUAAAAUAUAUGCAUUUAAAACAAAGUUAGGUGAACAUUAGUAGGUAUUGCUAUAUCUCAAAUAGUUUCAGAACCCCCAGUUAGUUGAAUAAUGUAUAGAAACCCUCAAAUAGUUCAACACUAUUUGAGGUUGAACUGUUUGAGGCUUUUAAGUACCACGUGACAGCAAAGGUUCAACAAUAACAACACAUUCAUGCACAAAA